AUGCCACUUUGCUCAACAGCCAUCAUCGUCGACAAGGCCAAGAAAGGCUCAAUGGUAUCAGUCCGUCCCGGCGGCGUAGAUAGCGCGGCGACGGGAGGGCAUUUCGGGGAUAGGAAGGAAUUCUGGCAAGUUGUGGGGAGAAAAGAGGGUAGGAUCGUAAACACGUGGCGGGAGGGAUUGUGGAGCGAGGGAUUUGUGGAUAUUGACGGUGGCGGCGGGAGGGACGAGGUGGUGGUUGGCGAUUACAAUGAAGGGAAUUACAAGGAAGCGGUCGGUUCGGAGGUGGAAGGAGCGGGUUCGGAGGUGGAAGGGCGAAAAUAA